CCAACCCCCGCGGCACCCCAUCCAAAAACCCCCAGGAUGGAUCCCUCAUCAUCUGCAGGGUUAACCCGGGGGUUCCAGGUCGCCCUGUGCACCCUCACCCUCACCGGUUUUUUGGAGCUCUUCUGCGCCUCCAAGACCGUGGCGUCGCUCCUGAAAAGUAAAGAGGGCCCCUCGCUCUACCGCGCGUGCCUGCGCGCCAACCUGGUCAACAACCUCGCCAUCGGUCCGAUAACAUACGCGCUCGCCACGGAAUUCUUCGUGUACAAAAGCGACCCAGAUUCUGGGUACUCGCUCAUUCGCUCAUUCACAUCGGCGCUCGGCCUCGUGGUAACACACGCGUUGGGCUACCACUACGCUCAUUCGCAGAUGCACCGCCCGCAGAUGUACUGGGCGCACAAGUUUCACCACGCGUUCGCGAAGCACGUCACGCCGUCGUCGGCGAACGCGGUGUCCGUCGUCGAGUACGCGUACGCGUACAUGCUGCCGUUCGUGGUGGGGUGCGCGGUGUGCGCGCCGGACGAGCGAGCGCUGUUAACGGCGGUGGCGGUCAUCUCCGUCAACAACCUGCUCAUACACACGCCCGCUCUCGAGGUAUUACCACAACAACUUUGACGAAUGAGCACUCUUUCUUUCAUCCAUCAUCCGUCUACUAAUACUGGUAUUAAUGUCAUCAUCACGCAGGAGACCAGCAAGAUGCUGCCGUGGUGGGCGGUGAGCACCGAGGACCACAUGAUGCACCAUCGAGUGCAGGUGAAACACUUCUCGGCGCCGACGAUCAGCGUGGACAGGAUCCUCGAGCGGACGAUGUCGCUGACAAAGGGGAAAUCGAGGGUCGUCAAACCCGCGGCGGCGACAGCCGCGGGGUGAUGUUUUUUGUCCAACUCCAAGUGAUGAACGAGAGUGCACCAUUCGAGAACUUCUACUCAUGCAUUCAUCAGAAAUGUACCAUCCCGUAUGGAAAGCCAUGCAGACCACGGAAGGGGUAUUAGCUAAAUAUCGAGAAAGUCCGGUGUGAACGACAUAGAUUUGUGUACCA